GCGGCUGACGGGGUGGCGGGCGGAGUUGGUGUGAUUGAUGGGGCGGCAAGGCGGGGCUCGGGUGGCGCAGCCAUUUUCCGGAUGCGAUAAGGCUCACUGGUUCUCGGGAGCUCGAACGACUCGCAGACGGUCAUUGCGCAGAAUGGAGGGUCUAGAAAGUAAAGAACCAGAGCAGAUACGCAAGCUGUUCAUUGGCGGAUUGAGUUUUGAAACAAAUGAAGAUAGUUUAAGGAAGCACUUCGAGCAAUGGGGACAACUAACAGAUUGUGUGGUGAUGAGGGAAGCGGCAUCAAAACGUUCAAGGGGAUUUGGGUUUGUGACCUACUCCACUGUAUCAGAAGUAGAUGCUGCCAUGUCUGCUCGACCACACAAGGUUGAUGGUCGUGUUGUAGAACCAAAAAGAGCAGUAUCAAGAGAGGAUUCUACAAAACCUGGUGCCCACUUAACAGUGAAGAAAAUAUUUCUUGGUGGUAUCAAAGAAGAUACUGAGGAGUACCAUCUAAGAGAUUACUUUGAGAAGUAUGGCAAGAUUGAAAAUAUUGAAGUUAUGACAGAUCGUGGCAGUGGGAAAAAACGAGGAUUUGCUUUUGUCACAUUUGAUGAUCACGAUUCUGUUGACAAAAUUGUUGUUCAAAAGUACCAUACUGUGAAUGGACACAACUGCGAAGUGAGGAAAGCACUUUCACGACAAGAGAUGCAGGGAUUGGGCUCUCAGAGAGGGCGUAGCUCAGGAGGCGGAGGUAACUCUGGUAACUUCAUGAGUCGCAGUGGGAAUUAUGGUGGUGGAAAUGGAGGAAAUUUUAAUCGAGGCGGGAAUUUUGGUGGCAGAGGCAUGGGAAAUUUUGGAGGCAGCAGGGAUGACUAUGGAGGUGGAGGAGGUGGCGGUGGAUAUAAUGGAUUUGGUGAUGGUGGCAAUUUUGGAGGUGGCCAUGGUUACUCUGGUAGAGGAGGAGGAGGAUAUGGCGGUGGUGGCCCAGGUUUUGGCAACCAAGGUGGUGGUGGUGGAGGAGGAUAUGGUGGUGGUGGCUAUGACAACUACAAUGACGGUGGAAACUUUGGAGGUAAUUUUGGUGGUGGAGGAGGUGGGAACUACAAUGACUUUGGAAACUAUCCUAACCAAUCAUCAAAUUUUGGACCCAUGAAGAAUAGCAAUUAUGGGCGUAACUCUGGCCCUUACAGUGGUGGUUAUGGCUCUGGUGGUGGCGGCGGCGGCUACGGUAGAAGAUACUGAACAGUUUAUCAAAAGCAACAGUUCUUAGGAGAGGAUGAGCCAGGAGUUGUCAGGAAAGCUGCAGGUUACUUUGAGACAGAAUAUCGACCAAGUUCAUUGUAAAGGCUGCCCACAGGAAGAGCGAUGGUCCAGUAGUCAGAAAAGUUACUGCAGCAUUAACAUAAACAUUUUUUGUUCAGGACUGUUUCCUGUAGAGAGAUUUGCAAAAAGUGCAGUUGUUUGUUAUAAUGUAGUUGCUGUUAGAUGUAAAUUCCUGAGUUUUUUAAAAACUUUGUUCCAGCAAUGUCUUUAUUUUCCUCAUUUCCAUAGCUGUUCAGCCAUGUAAUUUGUGGUAGCCAAAUUGGGAAUAAAAAGGAUGAGAACUUUUUAACUAAAUGAUCUGUGUAGUCAGUUUUUCCUUGAUUAUAAAUCAAGACAGGUACUCUUUAAUUUCUAGCUAUCUUAAUACUGCAAGGGUUUACUGGAAAUUUUAGCCUAAAUAAAUAUCCAGUCCUCUAAACGUAAAGGGAAGAUGAUAUGUUACACUUAAAAUGAAUUUGAAAUUCUUUUUAAAAAAAAAGCCACUCGAGCUGUGCAAACUGCUAUUGGUGUAAUUUGUAUAGAAGGCUAGUUUGCUCUUUGGAUUUGAAAUACUUUUAAUGUGAUGAAUGUGACCUACUGGAAAUUGCAGUAUAAAAUAAAUUCAAAAUAUUUAUGAAAUGGGAGGUGUUGGUUGUAUGGGCUGGUUAUUCUUUCCACCAUAUUUGAAUUGUAGGUGGAAUGAAAAACCAUAUCAAGUUUUAUUAUUAUAUGUGGUUUCUGAGAUGCAAAAUUUCUUUUGAAAUUUGGAUAGGGCCAUGUUUUUAGAUAUAUAAAACGUGGUUUUUGCUUAAUGUGGGGAAAUUCCUAUUGAAGUGUGGGAUACUGUCAUCAGGUAUUACUUUUGUAACAAAUCUUGAGUGAGCUGCAUUAAAUGGCAAGAAACUUUAGUUUAAUAAAGAAACUCUUUAUUUUA